AUGGCCGACACGAAGCCAAGACGCAAGAUCACGGCAGACGAGUUGGCCAAGCACAACACCGAUGAAGACGCGUGGAUGGCUAUCCAUGGCCUUGUCCUUGACCUGAACAAGGAGUUUCUUGAUGAGCACCCGGGUGGCCCCGAUGUGGUCACAGCAUUAGCCGGAAAGGAUGGGACUCAAGAUUUCGAGGACAUUUCUCACAGCGACAGCGCCCGUGAAUGGGCCAACAAGCUGGUGAUUGGCUACAUGGAGGGUGCGGCGGAAGAAGAGGCAGAGCUUAAGACAAAACGCGUUCCAAAGCAUUCAGAGGCCUGUGGAAACGCAUACAUGGUGGCAUGUUUGACAUUUUACAACAGGAUGUGGUUGGGAAAAGUGCUUUUUGGCAAACUGAUGCACAUUUUAAACCAAGACUGA